AUGGAAGAUCCCAAACUACCAUCAAAUGAUUCCUCUUCCAUUCCUCUCAUUGCUAGACUUGAUCACUUGGAAUUCAUUAUGAAAUAUUUAGAAAGAAAACAAAGAUGUGGAAGCAAUGCUGUUGUUACCACUAAUGAUAAACAAUCUGCUGAAUACUUCAAAGGAACAUUAAUGGAACGUGUAGCCUCUCUUGAAAAUAGGCUUUUUCAGCUUUGUGUAGAGAUGGAUUCAAGUGGAAGCUCAAAUCCUUUGUCUCGUGCUUCCACAAUAGCUUCUGGAGAGUCUUCAUCCAGCCAAGGAUCUAAGGGAGGAGAAAUAAGUUACUCAUUUCCAACAUUCAACAAUGUCCCAAACCAAAAUGGAGACAUUGAAAUAAUGCCUCAGAAUCAUCAUAACACAUACAAGGAAAAAGCAGAGAUUGUGCAGGCUCACACAAAAACCAGCUGUUCUACUAAUAAGCAACAACAAGUUGUGGUGGCAAAGAAUAAAGGCAAGAAGAGUGAAAAGAAACGCAAAGGUGAAAAGAAAACGGUGCCUCCUAUUAGUUGGCCACAUUUAAAACUACUAGGUUGUUAA